GCAAUGGCUGGCAAAAUCCUCACAUUUUUCUUUUUCGUCCUUUUCAAUAUGUGGCUUUGCAGCUCUUAUCAGUCUUUGGCAAAAGAACGAGAACCAAACGAUGUCCUGAUUCUUGGUCUCAUCCAUUCUAGGGCUUCUCUUCCCAUCCCAAAUGCUUCCUCCAGCUCAAGAAAAAGACAAGCACAUGCUUUAGACAUGGAAGUCCCAUUGAGGGGAAUAGGAAAUGGGUAUUUAUUAUCUCUAAACAUAGGUAACCCUCCACAGUCCAUUCAAGUUUAUAUGGAUACAGGAAGUGACCUUAACUGGGUUCCUUGUGGAUCUUUUCUUUGCAUGGAUUGUGAUGAAUAUGGAAGUAUUAAGGGUACUUUUUCUCCUUAUCAAUCUUCUUCUUCUUAUAGGGAUUCUUGUGCUAGUCCCUAUUGCACUGAUGUUCAUAGUUCUGAUAACUAUUUUGACCCAUGCACUGUGGCUGGUUGUCCGCUUGCUACCCUUAUUGGAUCCAACUGUUCUAUGCCAUGUCCUUCGUUUGCUUACACCUAUGGAGGAGGGCUUGUCACUGGGACACUAACAAAGGAUGAACUUAGGGUUUAUGGACGUGGGUCUGGUGGUGCUAGUGUUACUAGCAACAUUCAAAAUUUCUGUUUUGGAUGUGUAGGAUCUGCAUAUCGUGAGCCAAUUGGGAUUGCAGGGUUUGGUAGAGGUUCACUUUCUUUGCCUUCACAGCUGGGUUUCCUUCAAAAGGGCUUCUCUCACUGUUUCCUGGCCUUCAGAUACGCAAAGAACCCUAAUGUUUCCAGCCCAUUAGUUAUAGGAGACAUGGCCCUAUCUUCUAAAGAUAAAAUGCAAUUCACCCCGACGUUGAAGAGUCUCAUCUACCCUAAUUAUUACUACAUUGGCUUACAAGCUAUAACAGUAGGUAAUUCUAGUGCGCUGCAAGUGCCUUCAAGCUUGAGAGAGUUUGAUUCUCAUGGCAAUGGAGGUAUGUUAAUCGACUCAGGAACCACUUAUACUCACUUGCCUGAACCUUUGUAUUCUCAGCUUCUCUCAGUUGUUGAGUCAAUGGUAAAUUAUCCUAGAGCCACAGUAAAAACAAGAGCUUCGUUUGACCUUUGUUACAAGGUUCCAUGUCCGAACAAUACGUGUAUGUCAGAUGAUGAUAAUCUUCCUUCAAUCACUUUCCUUUUCCUGAACAAUGCGAGUCUUACUUUGCCCAGAGGGACUCGCUUCUAUGCUGUGAGUCCUCCGAUCAACUCCACGGUGGUGAAAUGUUUGUUGUUCCAACGCCUGGAUGUUGGAGAUUUUGGACCAGCUGGGAUUUUUGGUAGCUUCCAACAACAAAAUGUGGAGGUUGUUUAUGAUUUAGAGAACGAGAGAAUUGGGUUUCAGCCAACGGACUGUGCUUCAGUUGCAAUUUCUCAAGAACUUCAUAACAAGUAG